CAACGUGCAUCAGUUCCUUUCUGGCCCCAGUGUUAAUCUGUAUUUACUCUGAGGUUCUAAAGCUUUUCUCAACUGCUCGUUACAUGAGUAUUUUCUGACUCGUGGCUUCGUUCUCUGUGGCAGGUCUGUAGGCCCCUUCUAGGCUGUCGGACAGGACACAGACACGCAAAAAUCAGACGAGCUGUACUAAGUCGAGCUUUCCGACAAGUAUCGAUUUAGUUUUGACUGAUCGCACUACGAGUCACGUCCGUUCGUCCGUCUUGGGUUUAGAAUCGCAGAGCCGCUACUGCCAGCGUGCGUAAUGCAUCGUAAAGAGGAAACACAGUAAAUAGACGGACACGUCCAUCUGCAGAAAAGAGGAAACGAAGAUGGUGAUGACGGCUUCACCGAAGUCAUUCUUCAGAUGCUCAAUAGCAAUGGCGAAGCCUUCCCUCCCACUGAAGCGGUUGCUCUGGGUCUUUAUUGUCUUUAGUCUCUCUCAAAGCUCCCUCCAGAAUGAUGACGAUGAUGAGGUGUCUAACAAGACAUGGGUGCUGACUCCCAAAGUGUAUGAAAGUGACGUCACACACAUCCUUAACAGCCUGCUAGAUGGUUACGAUAACAAGCUCAGACCUGACAUUGGAGUCAAGCCAACAGUGAUCCAUACCGACAUGUUUGUCAACAGCAUCGGCCCAGUAAAUGCCAUCAAUAUGGAAUACACCAUCGACAUAUUUUUUGCUCAGACCUGGUACGACAGGAGGUUAAAAUUCAACAGCACGAUGAAAGUUCUUCGUCUCAACAGCAACAUGGUGGGAAAGAUCUGGAUCCCAGACACUUUUUUUCGGAACUCAAAGAAAGCUGAUGCCCACUGGAUCACCACACCCAAUCGGAUGCUUAGGAUCUGGAAUGACGGAAGAAUACUCUACACUCUCAGGUUGACCAUUGAUGCCGAGUGCCAGCUUAAAUUAAACAACUUCCCAAUGGAUGAGCACUCCUGUCCCCUGGAAUUUUCAAGCUAUGGCUACCCCAAGGAGGAAAUUACAUACAGGUGGAAAAGGAGCUCAGUGGAGGUUGGGGACAUUCGCUCAUGGAGGCUUUACCAGUUUUCCUUUGUUGGCCUAAGGAACACGACUGAGACCGUCAGGACAGUUUCAGGGGACUAUGUAGUGCUGACUGUCUUUUUUGACCUGAGCAGGAGGAUGGGGUACUUCACCAUUCAGACCUACAUUCCAUGCACGCUUAUUGUUGUCCUCUCCUGGGUCUCUUUCUGGAUCAACAAAGAUGCAGUGCCUGCAAGGACGUCAUUAGGCAUCACCACUGUCCUGACUAUGACCACACUGAGUACCAUUGCCAGGAAAUCUCUUCCAAAAGUGUCAUACGUGACUGCAAUGGACCUGUUUGUGUCUGUGUGCUUCAUAUUCGUCUUUGCCGCGCUCAUAGAGUAUGGCACUUUACACUACUUUGUCAGCAACAGGAAGCCAAGUGCCAAAAAGGACAAGAAGAAGAAAAACCCGCUCCUCCGGCUCUUUUCCUCCAAGCAGACACCAACAGUGGACAUCCGUCCACGCUCAGCUACAGCAAUCCAGAUGAACAAUGCCACACACAUGCAGGAGCGAGAUGAGGAAUAUGGCUAUGAGUGUCUCGAUGGUAAAGACUGCACCAGUUUCUUCUGCUGUUUCGAAGACUGCCGUUCUGGAGCCUGGCGGCAUGGAAGGCUGCACAUUCGCGUCGCCAAGAUAGACUCAUAUGCACGCAUCUUCUUCCCCACUGCGUUUGGUCUCUUCAAUCUGGUCUAUUGGGUCUCCUAUCUAUAUCUUUAGGCAUAGGAUUGUUCCCAGCCAUUCCAUUAUGAUUUUCUGUAUGCUCAGCGCCAGCAAGUGACAUUUAAAAGAAAGAGACCCACUGAAAUACUCCAAAACUUCAACAGAUUUGUUACAUUUCUGUUAUUUAAUUCCCUUUGAACUUCCACUUCUUUUCAGAUAACCUUGACAGACAUUGCACACGUUGUAGCACUGCAUUUUAUUAGUGUGGAAUGCAAAAGCAUUGAUUCUGCUAGGGAUUACUACAACCUAUUUUUUUUACAUUAGCUUGAGACAAUUCUUCUGAAAGAUAGUCUUAAAUUACAUAGCUAUACAGAAUUAAUUCGACAUCAAGUUUGUUUGCUAUCAGACAUUUAUAGAAUACAAUUAAAAACAACAAAUAUGAGAAAGAGAAAAUAGCUAAUUUUAUCGAUUAAUUUUAAGUUCAUAUAAUUAAACUACUGGAUGUAAAAAACCAUUGCAGAGCAAAAAAUACAUUUUAAGAUAAAUGUAAAAAAAAAAUAAUUUGCAUUAUGUCUUGACUAUAACUAUCAAAUCUUAUGUUGAAAUUAUCUAUUUCAAAUCUUUUAAAAUUUGUAGUCACAUUUUAUUUUUUAUUCAUAGAAGCAAAACAUCUGAGGCACUUUAAAAGAGCUAUGUUGGAGUGUCUUCAGUAAACAUUUCAUGUGUGGUCAGAGUGCAAUAAUGCUUUACAUGGACAAUGCUCAGCUGUACAGACACUGUAUAUAUUUUAUUAUUAGUUAGUGGUUUGCCUCUAUUGCAUGCACCUUUCAGGCCAAAAAAAACCCAGCAUAUCUUAUGGUCUUCUACUGUUGGCUAUGGUAACUACAAAAGGAACAAAAACAAGCAAUUUCAACACAUUUAAUAAACAUUUUGUAUGAAAACUACAAAAUUAAAUCUUAAAAAAGUCUCUAAAUAUCUUUUUAUUUUAAGGUAUUACCUUUGCACACAGGUGGGAAGAUCAGCACAGUAUUUAAGCAAAAAUAUCACAAAUAAUUGUUAUCCCCCUACAAGAAUUACCCAAUUGCAUCAAAAACACUGACCCUUCAUGGCCACAUCCAUUUGCCCUGAAAAGUACUCAUUAACAUGAAGAUACUCUGUUUCUACAAUAGGGUAUUUAAGAGAAACUGGGCUGAAAGAACUAAUAGUUUUCCCCUUUGCUAUAGGAGUGAUAGCUGCAGCUGCACAACUGGAGAUGAGCUUUUUGCUUUCAAGUUAAGGACUCAAAAUUUAUCUACAUAUCAGAACAAAUGUGAAUCAAGGCAGCUUCAAGGUAAUUAGAAAUAUCUGCAGUUUUAUUUGACAUCCUUUAAAAAAACCUAAAUUAUUACAAGGCUGCUUUUCUGAGAAUAGAUGUGUAUGAUGUGUUAUCCGGUGUCUCUUGUCUCUGCCAAUAAUCACGUUGGGAAUGUAAGUCUCUGCAUACAGUCAAAAAGGAAAAAAACUUUUAAGGUGUCAUGAAAAGGCCUGUAUUCUUUGGUCUUUAUUUUUGUUAAGGUUUGCUUGAAUGUGCAAUAAAAGGAAAUCCUGUAAUGGACUCAAACAUAAACCCCAUACCACUCAGUUUUGUUAGACACCAGUAUGCAACAUACAGUGCUACAGUAUGAUUUGUAAACUGAUACAGAAAGCAUGUAAAUAACAUUGUCUAUGUACAUAAAUAAUAAAAAAAAAACACUUGUCAGGCCUUUGGCAUUUUCUAAAAGGGUAUAUAUAUUUUGUAAUUGUAACAUUGCUACACUAUAUCAAUCCACACUAUACUAUAUUUAUUGUUUAUGCUGGACUGACCAUGCAACAUACUUGAUGGGGGAGGGUGGGUAGGAUUGUGCAAUGGGUUAUUUAUUUAUUUACAUAUCUGUUGAUGGUAUUAUUUUUAAUUUCUAAAAAUGCAUCUUAUGCUUUUCAUAUAGCCCCUUAAAAGAAACACAGAAUGCUGUCAUCUAUAUCAAAGAUACAUUAUUGUUCAAUGUGUCAAUAGAACUUGAGCUUAUUUAUCUUGUGUUUUCUAUGUUGUGAUCAAUGUACACAUUACUGUCACAAAGGCCUGUCAAACUGUUCUAUUUGUUGAGUGACUUCCAACAUUAUACUUCGUGCUGCUUCUGAGUUGUAGAUUUUAUUUAGAUGACUAAAAAAACGCAAGAGUUCCGAAGACAAAAGAAGAAGAACAUUGAUUUUUUAAUAUAUUUUUUCACAUUUUCCACCAAAAUUCAUUCAAUUUUUUGCCCUGGUCAUGGCUUUUACCAUAAGACAUCAGUCCAAUUACCAGUAUACAUUUCUACUAGUAAAUGGUUUAUAUCAUAUUUCCCAUAUUCCUUUCUCAUUUGUCUAAAAUGGUGGUUCUACUGUGUUCCACUAAGUAGUCCAAACCUGUUGUCAGUGUCUAUGUAUGCUAUUUCCCACAUCUUUAGGGACAUGAGAUUGUCAUUAGUAUGAUAGAUUUGUAAUAAUCAGUGAAGGCCGUGCCACAAUGACAUGCAAGUGUAGAGAAUACAUUUGGUGUUGUUUUUUAAAAUAACUUCUUUAGAAACUAAUCUGGAUUUUCGAGCUCACCUGAAUUGCGACACUUCCAUUAUAGUUUACUAUCUUAGUUUCUCUUCAAAAAGUGGUACAAUGUCAAAUCAAAAUUGUCAAGAAAGUUAUGCAAUGGGUAACAUGAAAACAAAAUUGAUUAAAUCUACUCAGUGUGAGAGGUCCAAUUGGUAGACAUUUGUGCCUAAUAAUGGAUUUCUUCAAAUGCCGACAUUGAGGUAUAGGUUGAGGCCUAUUCAUACUAUUUUUACUAUACUUCUGUUUGAUAUCAAGAUGUGUGUGAAGUACUGAUGCAGGUUUAGACUCCAUAGCAUGCCUGCUAAAUAAAUAUCACUCUAAAAGGUUGAAAAGGACUGGACUUAUUUCAUCUGCUUGCAAUCUUUUGUCUUCGCAGACAUCAUCAUUCACUCUACAUGUUUUUAAAAAUGUGAUGUUUAUUUUGGGACCAAUGGGUAAAACAUAAAGUACAUGAGCAGCACAUGUAGAUAUUUUGUGUUAUCAAUGUUAUAAAACUGCAGAAAACAAAAUAAGAAACACUGGACAUGCAGGGUUUUGCAAAAGAUAUCCAAUGGCAAAAUAAUUCUGCUGAGAUUCUCAUCUUUACAAUAUUAGUUGCUUUGUGUUUAUAUCUGAUUAUUGUGCUGAAGAGGCACUGAUCAAAUCUGACAGGGUCUAGAUAUUAUAUUACAAACCUUAUUCAAAAAAUUCAUUUUCAUGAGAAAAUAUAGCACAUAGUUGUGAAAUUUUAUAAUAAAAUGGUUGCAUUUGUCUGUG